UGACCAGGUCCUCAAUUUCUAUGGAAAAUUAGGCAAAGGUUACCCAUUUCCUAAACACAGGACCUCUCAUCUAUAAUUAGGCUCUAAAUCCCAAUUACCCAUCUCUCUAAUUAGAACCUCUCUCAUCCCUCCCCUUCUCCCCUAAACCCCCAUUAAGGCAAUAAACAAAACACACCACCUCUCUCAACUAACUUAACCAACUGCCUAACCCCCCAACCCUACAACCCCAUCAUUUUGCCUAUCUAUCCAAUCCAAUCCCUCCCCUCCCUUUCUUUCCUCUCUCUCUCUCUCGAAAGCUCUCCACAACUUUGCAGAUCUCCCUUUCAAAUUUCAAUCACCAAGGCCUUUGCUUUAAGCAAAGCAAAACCCAGAAACCAACACCAAUCCCCCCAAAAAAAUCCCAUAAAAUCAAAAGACAGAGCAAACCCAAUUCAUAUUUCUUCUGUUUUUCAACUCGAUUCAUAAAGUUUCUAUCUUUUAUCAGUUCUUCAUCUGGGUUUCUGCUAGCUAAAAUCCAACUUCUGAUCCCAACCCUCAAAUGUGGCGGUCGUGGAGCAAAUCAACGGUUCAGAUUCACGACACGCAAUCCCCAUCCUCCCCCUUCUCCUUCUCCUCCUUCAAAGACAUCCAAAACCUCUGCGCGGACGAAACCAACGACCACUCUCUACAACCGACAACCGCCGCCGCCACCAAAAAAGCCUCCGCUAUUUUCCACCGCGUCCGGGUCGCCAACUCCCUCCUCCGCGCCUGGUCAACUCGCCCAUCCACCCAGCCCCAGCCCAAACCCCAACCAGACGAUGGAAUCUCCACAAAACAAUCUGAGCCGUCCAUCAGCUCCAUCCCGGGGGCGGAGAAGCGCAUUGUCGUUUACUUCACGAGCCUACGUAUCGUGCGGCCUACGUUCGAGGACUGUAAGACCGUCCGAUCGAUUCUCCGAGGGUUUCGCGUAUCAUUGGACGAACGAGAUCUAGCGAUGGACCACCGGUUCUUAACCGAGCUGCAGCAGAUUCUCGGUCAACAAACUAAGUUGACAUUACCGAGGGUUUUCAUUGGGGGGAGGUACGUAGGUGGGGCCGACGAGGUGAGAAAUUUGCAUGAGGCCGGCGAGCUCAAGAAGUUCGUGGAAGGCUUGCCCGCACAGGAACCGGGGGUAUGCGACACGUGCGGCGGGUACAGAUUUAUUCUGUGCGACGUGUGUAGCGGCAGUCACAAGUUGUACUCUGAGAAGAACGGCUUCAAGAGUUGUACGUCGUGCAACGAAAACGGUCUCAUCAGGUGCCCUUCUUGUUCGUGUGCGCCACUCUAAUUUAGUAAUUUACAUCUAAAUUAGAAAUAACAAAAAUUGGAAAGAAAAUGUGAAAAAAAAAAAGAGAAGGGCAAAAAAACCCACUUCGAAUUUUAUUUUCUUUUUAUUUUUAAUUUUUUGGGUGAGAGGAGUUUUUGUAGUUUUUUUAUUAAAAAAUGUUGUUGGGCAUGUAAGAAUGUGUAGGCCCGGCGCAUGUGGGGGUGUCACCCUAAUUAUGGAUUAUGAAGGUUAAUGUCAGCUAACUUUGAUUAUGAUAAGUACAUUUUUUUUCUUCCUGGAUUUU